CCUUCCAGAUGUCAGGUGCAGAACAGGGUGAAUUAGAAGGGACCAUAUGUCACCUACCAAGUCCGCAUUCUGGCAUAAUAUCAUUCCAGCUGAGAGGAGAAUCAUGCCAGGCCUGUUUCUUUAUACAAGACCUUUUUGUUGAUGGACAGAGAGCUGUGGGAAAGGUGACGGAAUAUUUGAGUAUCAAGCAAAAAGUGAAUUUUGUUGUUGUUCCCAACCCACGACCCAAUCCCCUCAUCAAGUGGAAGGCCAUCCUAGUGUGGGCUGGCAAGAAACCUGCACUUGUAUUGGGAAAGGUCGUCCAAGUAGAUGAAAGGCAUGGGAUAAUUUCCUUCAGGAGCGAAACUAGAGAUGAAUCCUGUUUAUUUGUUCUUUUGAAUCUAACUCUGCAUCAUGAUCGCCCAAGUUCUGAUAGAGGUGCUUCCUUAGAUCAGGUCAUUCAGACAGGACAGAAAGUCAUUUGUGUCCCUGAACCGUAUCGACUACCUCGUGGAUUCCUCAAGGGUCCUUACACUUGCUAUUGGAGAGCUGCAAAAGUCUGGAAGGAGGGCUGUCUUCCCAGUGGUCUGAAAGUGAAUGGAACAUUGGUGACAAGUCUGAAUAGUGAGAAGAGCAAAAUAUCCAAGCAAGAUCAUUGUGACUGGAAAGUGCUCACAGGUCAGCUUGGAAGAGUUUCGGACUUGUCUGCACGGAAGGCCAUCGUUACCUUCAGGUAUGAAGAUCAUAUAGCCAAAGCUUUGCUCAUCCUCAAGAAUUUUGACCCUCCUACUGACAACUUAUGUGAGGCCCUUGAAGUGGGAAGCUUUGUCUUAGUUGAUGUCGAACCUUAUGACAAUCCGAAUCCACCACCAGGAGUUGAUUGGUUUGUGUCGAAGUGUAGGAUCGGUUCUGAAUCUAGUCAGAGUGAUGAAAAGAGCAUGAUUGCAAGACGAGAAUCUAGUGAUCGAUCAGUGAUCAAAGAGCAAAUUGGACAAGUUUCUGAAAUAAGUGAAAAGAAAGCCAUCAUCACCUUCAGGUUGGGUGAUACUUUUGUGAAAGCUUUCCUAAUGCUAGGAAAUUUUUACCCUCCAGCUAACAACUUACUUGAUGUCCUUACAAAGGGUGGCUUUGUUGGAAUUGAUGUUGAACCCUACGAAAGUAUAAAUGCACCAGAGGGAGUGCCUUGGUUUGUACGCAGGUGUUGGACUCGUCUCAGAUCUUCAAAUAUCAAUUUAAGAGAAUUAGAUAGAGACAAUAAUUCUUUGGAUCUGAAGUCAACUGGUGAAGCUGAGAAAGGCUUCCCCAGGGUUCAUGUUGGAAAUUAUGAUAUGCGCACCAAGGUAAAAAGUAUGAAUGAUAUGGAGUCGGACUCUAAUGAUGAAGUGUCUGACCGAGAUCUUGCAGAAGAAAUGCUUGAUGCUCUUGGACGAAUAAAAGAUUAUAUAAAUCAUCCGGAAAAUUUUGCAAAAGCCAAAAUUCCCACAAUCAAACAAGAUGUGGGACCCAUUGCAAAGCCUCUGGAUCUUGAGUGGGGAAAGGAGAAGCCAUAUGAUCCACUUACUUGGAGUUGCACUAUCCAAGAUGUUGCCAGGAUGCGAAUGAAUAAGGAAGUCUCCCAGCAAAAUGUGAACAAAGCACUUCUAUCUGGGAGUCUGUCUGGGCUCUCUCUGCAAACUAAGCCAAGCAUGGACAUGCAAUCUACUGAAGGGGACAUCAAGCAGGAGAACCUGGCACUCAAGCGUAACAUUGUGCUCUUGCAGAAUGCCUUCUCCUCUCUUCUGUCAAAGCAAGCUUUACCCAGUGAACUGAUUGAGAAAUUGAUUCAUUUUUGGCUUCCCUACAACCCAGACCUUCACCUUCUCUUCCCGGGGCAUGCUCAAGAAGUUAGCACUUCCAGUGAAGUUGGAACAUCUGAUUCGAACUCAUUAAACCUUUCUCUCAUUCCUGAUUCUCAGGCUGCAGUGCGUGAAUUUCUUGGCUCUCAUGGCUCUUUACCAAAAAUACCAGAUCUUGGAAUUGAUAACUUGCCUGUCCUAGCUACAGUUUGGAAUAUCCUCACUGAGUCACAGGCUGUUGCAAAGAUAGAAAGUGGAGGCAGCUUCGACUCUUUGGUCCUGGUCAACCGUGACAUUAGCUACAAGGAUGGGGAAUGUCUGUCGAGACGAGACCUGCGACAAGUUCUUUCUGUUGUUAGUCUAGGUGGCAUGUACAAUUUUCACAUUGUGAAGUUUGUACAUGGAGAAAUCUUGGAUUCGCUCGACCUGAAAUGCGUAAAUCCCCAAGAUUUAUUGUCUGUGGAUGCAUCACUGGAUGCAUUGGCAGUGUUUGCCGAUUACACACUUGCUCGUUGUGCUGUGUUGAGGUUGGACCUUUUUAUCAAUGGUGAGAAGGCAAUGGGGAAGGUUACCGAUUACCUAGACCUCAAGGACAUAGUGAACUUAGUGGUUGUUCCGAACUUGAGAGCCAAUACCUUCAACAUUAAGUGGAGGGCUGUCUUGGUAUGGAUGGGUGAGAAGCCCAAUCUUCUACGAGGAAGAGUAAUUCAAGUGGACGAUAAGCAUGGCAUAAUAUCUUUUAAUGGAGAACAUGGAGAGGAAUUUUGUCUUUUCUCUCGUGCACACCUUAGCAUACUGGAUGAUGGUCACAGUGGUGAUAUGUAUGAGGCCCUGCCAAAUCUUUUUAACAUUGGCGAGCAAGUCAUAUUCGUGCCUGAACCUCAUCCUCUUCCACGUGGAUUUGCUAAAGGUCCUUUAACUUGCUAUUGGAGGGCAGCUAAAGUUUGGAAAGAAGGUUCCCUUCCCAACAUGGUCAUCCCAGACAGAGCAGUGGCAAGAGAGGGGUCAAAGUAUGAGAGAAGUACUAUUGCAAGUCAGGAUGAAAUCCAGGUCGAAGCUGGCAUGCUCUAUGGAUGCCUUGGAAGGGUUUCUUCAUUGGAUGCAAGGAAAGCCAUUGUCACAUUCAGGCAUGAAGGUCGUCUGGCCAAUGCUUACCUCUCGCUGGAUAGUUAUGAUCCUCCAACCAAUAACUUGCUCGAUGUCCUUGAAGGGGGACGCUUGGUCAAAUUUGUUGCUGAACCUAUUAAUCCAGCCACUGAGGAUGGUGCAGGCUUACCAGAAGGAGUAGACUGGUUAAUUUUGAGGUGCUGGGACUGUCCGAGGCCAGAUGAAGCCAGUGUAAGAGAAUUAGAUGGGAUGCAUGGUUCCACAGAUGAGUUAACCCAUCUUGUUGGAAUAAAUGGAAGGGUCACAGAAGUGCAUCCAAGAAAAGCUGUGAUUGCCUUUACACAUGGGGGUGAUAGUGCCAAGGCUUUCCUAAUAUUAAGAAAUUUUAUCCCUUCUGUAAAUAGCCUAUUUGAGGUCCUAGAGGAGGGAGAUCUUGUCAGCAUGGACAUUGAGCCUUGGGGUGGUUCCCACCCCCCUGUUGGAGUUGACUGGUAUGUUCUGAAGUGUUGGAUUGGACAUACAGAACGACACAAGGUCAUCGACCUGGGUGAUGGAAGGAGCAUGUUCACAGGGAGGCAAGCCUAUGGUAGUGAAGUUCUCGAAGCUCUUAAUGGAGUGGUCUCGGAAUUAUCUACAAGGAAGGCCAUCAUCACCUUUAAGUUGGAAGAUGACACAAGGAAAGCUUUCCUUGUACUGGGGAAUUUUGAACCUGCAACUAGUAACUUAUUCCAUGUCCUCAGGGAGGGGGACUCAGUGAGAGUUGAUGUGGAACCGUGGGAUGGGGCGCAUCCCCCCGAAGGAGUAGACUGGUUUGUUGUGAAGUGUUCAUUAAGUACCAGUUAUAAAAAAUUCAGCAUGAGAGAGUUAGAUCGAAGCAGGAGUUCUGUAGAUGAGAAGUUAACUGAAGAUGUCAGGAAAGCCAUGCUGAAAAAUGGUGGGAGAACUAAUAACACUCGUACUGAGAUAGGAAGUGCCGAAAGCAUUCGGCCUGGAUCUAAAGUUGAUCUAAUGGAAUCUGAUAAUGAGAGGUUUAACUCAAACAAGCAUGAGCUGAUGCCCUCUGACAGUAGAGUGACUUUAAAUGCUCACUCUAAGGGAGAGUCAAGUCAUGGAGAAGGUAACGUUCUUAGGAAUCAGUCACGCUCACUAGACCCCGCAGAAGGGAAACCAAAACCAGAAGGUGCCCCACAAGUGACAAAUAUAGCUGUGAGGCUAUUGACUGAUCUGAUACAAAAGGGAGAGCAAUCCCUAUCACUCGCAUCCAAUGGGAGUAUGCCUACUGGUCAAAUUAUCAGCCAGCUGAUUACACUCAAGGCAGAUGAUAAGAGACUUGGGCUGCUAUCUCUGCUCCUAUCCCAGCAUAUUAGGACCAACUCCACAGAAAUGGAUAUCAACCAAGAGCGACUUGUUCUCAAGCAUAACAUGAUUCUCCUUCAGAAUGCCUGCAUCUUGCUCCUCUCACAGCAACCCCAAUCCAGUGACUUGGUGCGGGAACUAAUUCAACUGUGGCUCCCAUACAACCCGGAUCUUCACCUUCUCUACCAGGACAAAGUGGGAGGAUGUAAUGGAGAUCUUGGCUCCACAGGAGCUGGAGCAUCUGGUCAGAAUACAUCUGUGCCUCUGGAAUGUGACACACAGGCUGCUGUCCGUGCGUUCCUUGGUGUUGGUGGUGCUUUGCCGAAAGGGCCAGAUCUUGGGACUGACAGUUUGCCUGUCUUAGCUACAGUUUGGAACAUCCUCAGUGAGUCACAGGUGCUUGCGAAGGUCGACAUAGGAAUCAACUAUGGAACUUAUGUGGCGGUCGGCCGGGAUGUCAGCUUCAAGGAAGGGCAGUGUCUGGUGAAACAGGAUCUGCGACAAGUUUUGUCUGUUGGUCAGAAGUUGCUGGUCAGGCAUAAACCAUCUCCAGAUGGAGUUGGGCUGGCAUGGCAUGCUACUGUCUUAGAGAGGAGAAUGUCAGCUCCAGAGUUAAAGGAGAUGGAGGGGAUCAUCUCCCACAUGCCAAGUGCGCAUUCAGGAAUAAUUUCAUUCCAAUUGAAGAAACAGCCAUGUCAAGCCUGCUUCUUCAUCCAGGACCUCUAUGUCAAUGGAGUUAAGGCCUCUGGACCCAUAACCAAGCAUGUGAAAUUGAAAGAAAUUGUGAAAUUUAAUGCUGUGCCUAAUAUGAAACCCAAUAGCUUCAACAUCAAAUGGAGAGCCAACCUGGUAUGGAAGGGUGUGCGACCGACACGGUUGGAUGCACCGACGACGCCUGCAGUACGGGGAAAAGUGGUCUCUGUCGAUGAUAAGGAUGGUGUGAUUUUGUUUCAGCAGGCAGAUAGAGACCAGUAUUGCAUAUUCCAAGCUACUCAUUUGAUUGUCAAUGAUCGAAAUGUUCCUGAGGGAAAGCCUCUGUCGCAAUUUGUUCGAGUGGGGGAUCAAGUGAAACUUGAACAGAAACCAUUCCCAGGAGGGGUGGCAAAAGGACGGUACGUUUGUAAGUGGUCUGCCAUCAAGGUCACAAAGGAAGCUCUCCCACUGGAUACAUUUGAUAGUCCACCAUCUGCAGCGAGUGGACUGAGUACAUUUGAUGAUGGUACAGAUGACUCUUGGCAGUCAGUGGACUCAAAGAUGGGAAAGAAGAAAUUGCAAGUAGAGGAGAAAAAGGUAGUGAGGCAGUACCCACAAGAGCUAGUCGAGUCCAACGUCGGUGUCGUUAGGGAAUUGAGUGCCAAGAAGGCAGUAAUCACUUUUCAAUAUCGAGGCAACACAGCCAGAGCCCUGUUAUUUCAGAAGAAUUUUGAUCCUCCAACUCAUAACUUGAUUGAUGUUCUGAAUCCAAACGAUGUGGUCGUUUUUGAUGCUCAUCUUUAUGACCGCCCCGAUGGACCGGAUCGAGUGGAGUGGUAUGUGAUGAAGUGCUGGAAGAAACCUGGGUCUAAGUCCUCCAGUCCUACACCAUUACGAAAUUCCAUCCUCAAUAAGACAUUGGACACUUCCGUGUCUGUCAUCACUCAUCUUCAGAGCCAGCAGGCAAGAGUAAUUGAAGUCUAUGCUACAGAUGGGGUCUUGGAGCUCCUUCUGGACAAUGCCACUAGUAAGCGGAUCUGGUUCCUCACCCGGGUGGUUCAAGUCGAUCAGAAGCCGGUCGAUUGCAGUAGACCUUUAGGAGACUACAUGAAGAAGGGAGACAUUGUGACCGUAGAUGCUAAGUUGUGUGAAAAUGCUGGCCAUUCCAGGCAUUGCAGCUGGGCUGCCACUGCUGUUUAUAAGUAUUCAAAUUAUAAGUCGGCUGUCCAGGCCAAGAAAACGACUUCUCAAGAUCACGAGUCUACAAUUGAUAGUUUUAAGGAUUUCGAUGAAGGGAUUCUGGGCGACUUAGAAUUAGACGAAGACGAGAUCCCAGACAUUGGAGAUUUAGAAAUGGACGACCAAGAAUUGGAAGUAAGGGGUGAACGUGUUAAUGGGACUGGAUCUGUGGCAGAACGGAGGGAUAAGGACGUCGAAGAGCCGACAAUUGCUAGAAUUAGAAGCCCUGCCUUGAAUGUCAGAGUUGAGAUGCCCCUGCCAAAGCCACAACUUGAAAACCUCAAAAGGGUUGUACUCCCACUUCAAAAUGCUCUCAUCCUGCUUCUGCUGCAGCGAAACAGGCAAAUUGAACUGGUUGCUGGUGAUCGGCUCACUGAAUUAAUCAGGUUGUGGCUCAUGUACAAUCCAGAUCUUUAUCCCAUGUACCAACAAGUAAUGAUGGAUUCAAGUGGGAAUUCUACUACUACUUCUGGCUUGACACCUGGGGCACGUCUGUCUACUUUUUCUACACCUUCGACCGUGAGUGACUUGUCAGGUGUUGCUUAUCAAUCAUCCUUAAGUGGGGGUCUCAGUGGGCUGCUUGGGGCUUCUGGGUCUCUCCCAGACUCACUUCUUGCUAGUGCCCAGGUUGGGUCACAUCCUGUAUCUGCUACCAUUUUGGAUAUCCCACGUGAAACCCAUGCUCUGGCUAAGAUUGAUUCUGGGCUCCAAUCCGGCACUAUUGUGUUAAUACGCCGGGACAUCUGCUACAAGGGCCAGGAAUGCAUUUCAGACCAGGAUUUGCGCGAAGUUCUCUCUAUCGGUCAGAAGUUGAGUGUGAAAUAUGCUGCCACAAAACCAGGAAAUCCAUGGCAAUGGGAAGCUACACAUGCUACUUUGAAUUGAAUUAUAAACCAUUUCAGUUCAUAAGUCAUUUCUAUUUUUUGUCAAUUCCCCAUUUAAGCUUUUAUGUAAUCACAAUGUUAAGCAUUCAGAAUCCCCUUUAAUUAUUUUUCCCAAUUACCUCUUGAAUUAAACUUGAGGAAAUUAUCUCUUAAUGAGAUCCUAACCAUUUAAAGUGAUCUUACAUGAUGGGGAAUUAUAUAAGGCUUAAGUACUGGUUUGGGCACCAGCGAUAUGAGUGCAUAACUUGAUCAGUGCCUUUUUUUCCAUCUGUUCCUUCAAAAUGGAAAUACUGGAAUGCUUUAGCUUUUUCCAGAAAGUUCCCCGCAUUUAUGACAAUUGCAUGAUGUCUACAUUUUGAGAUUGUAAAUAUUAGAGCUUUUAUAGGUUAUGAGCUUGCAUUUAUUCUUCUAGGGGUGGAGUGUGUGUUUAGAGGGUGUCUUGUGAGUCCCUGAAGUUCUUGAAAGUUAGGGUUGAAUAUUGGAUAAAAGAUUAUUCUUCUAUCCAAAGGGUAUGUGUGCUUGUGAAGUCCUUACUGGCAUGAAAAGAUAAAUCUGCUUGAAAAUUGCCAGUUUAUGAUCAUUGUCAAAAUAUGAAAUUUAGACAUGAGAAAAUACUGUAGCAGGACUGCUGACACUGAUAAGAGCAAGUGUGUCCUUGGGUAUUUUUCAGGUUGGAAUAUUUUUCCUAUGCCAUUCUUCUCUGGCAUUGUCCAUCCUUGGCCUUGCAUUUGACUUCCUGUACAGAACUGAUAUGCUUAUGGAACUUGUGUGACCAGCAUAGAGACCUUUACUGCUGGGUCCACUGAACCACACAUGGGACAUCUGAAUUUUUUUUAUUUUAUAUAUAUGAGGAUUGUGUCCUGUGACCUGUGC